AAAGGAAGAAAAAAAAAAGGAGAAGACAGGCGAGGUGGAGCUCGCGCACCCCAAAACCCUAACCCCAUCGUCGGCGGCGGCGGCGGAGAUGGCGGAGGGCGGCGGCGAUGCAGGAGGAGCGGCGGCGGCCGCUCUGAAGGAUCAGGGGAACGAGCAGUUCAAGUCGGGGAACUACCUCAAGGCCGCCGCGCUCUACACCCAGGCCAUCAAGCUCGACCCCGACAACCCCACUCUCUACAGCAAUCGAGCUGCUGCGUUUCUUCAUCUGGUUAAGCUUAAUAAGGCACUUGCUGAUGCUGAAACAACAAUAAAACUCAAGCCACAAUGGGAGAAGGGUCAUUUCAGGAAAGGGUGUGUUUUAGAGUUGAUGGAACACUAUGAGGAGGCAAUUUCUUCUUUUCAGAUAGCUUUGCAGCACAAUCCACAAAAUACAGAAGUUUCUAGAAAAAUUAAGAGGCUUACUCAGUUGGCAAGGGAAAAGAGGCGAGCUCUUGAUGUGGAGAACAUGCGUUCUAAUAUUGAUGUUGCAAAGAACUUGGAAUCACUGAAAACCGAACUGGCUGGAAAAUAUGGAGAUGCAGAACUGGAGCAAACUAUAUUUUCUUUUGUUGUUAACGUGAUUGAAUCAGCUAUAAAGGUCUGGCAUGACACUGGAAAGGUAGAUGCAAGGGUUAAUUUUCUUCUUGAUGACCAGAACACUGAUACUGAAAAAUAUGCCCCAGUGGUUAACAUUGACAAGGCCUUUGAAUCACCCCACACUCACAGCAGUUGCUUCACAUUUUUGCGGCAAUAUUCUGAGGAUUCUUUCUCAAAGGCUGCUUGUAUGGUGGCACCUAAGAGCAUCAUCUCGUACCCUCAGGUCUGGAAAGGAUCUGGAUCAAGGAAAUGGAAGCUUGACCAGAGUGAUGGUUUCUUUGUGCAAUUUGAGUCACCAACUCUGCGGAAGAUAUGGUUUGUUCCUAGCACAACUGAAAAGGGGCGAACAUUAUGCAGGAGUCCUGAGCUCUUGGACAUUAGCAUCCAUGAAGUGCUUCCCCGGAUAUUCAAAGAAACCGCUUGACUGACAAAUGGACAGUGAAUGGCUCCUUGAUUCUUCCCCUGUUGUGAUCAUAUUCUUCAUAGUUUACAAUUUGCAAAGGGGAUAUUUUCUAGUGUGGUGAGAAUUAGAUUUGCAUGCUAGAUUUUGUAAGUUUUCUAUCUGUGUUGUACACCGAGGCACACAAAUUUUGCUGAUCUGUUGUUUCUUUUAAUAUAUGCCUAAAGUGGUGUAAUUUUCAUUGUAUAUCAGCUUUGGUGAGAGUUGUGAAAUGCAUUAAGAUUUUACCAUCA